UCCAGUGUGUUGCGGAUGACAGCUGCAGAAGCACGAAUCAGCUCUCAUCCGCGGAGCCAACAACGGAGCGAUGGCGAAUGUUGAUGCGAGCUGUUAAUAGUGUCUGAUUAAUUGAACUAGUUACAUCACGUAUCGUAUGAUAAACGUAUCUGCUGCUGGGAAAACAACGCAAGUAGAAGUCGCUGCGCCAAGACGACUCACCUGCUCCUAUCGACUGUGACCCGGCUGCUAACAGGAAGAAGCGACCAGCUUAAUGGCCGAGCCGGAGCUUCUGCUGGACUCCAAUAUUCGACUUUGGGUGGUGCUGCCCAUCGUCUUCAUCACUUUUCUUGUUGGGGUGAUUCGACAUUAUGUCUCAAUUCUUCUUCAAAGUGACAAGAAGUUGACGUUAGAACAGGUUUCUGACAGCCAGGUUCUUAUUCGGAGCAGAAUUCUCAGAGAGAAUGGAAAAUAUAUCCCUAAACAGUCAUUUUUGAUGAGGAAGUUUUACUUCAAUAACCAAGAUGAUGGAUUCUUCAAGAAAACCAAAAGAAAGGUUGUUCCACCCUCCCCAAUGACAGAUCCCAGCAUGCUGACAGACAUGAUGAAAGGAAAUGUCACCAACGUGCUCCCCAUGAUCCUCAUCGGUGGCUGGAUCAACUGGACCUUUUCAGGAUUUGUAACAACUAAGGUCCCUUUCCCCCUCACUCUGCGCUUCAAGCCCAUGCUGCAACAAGGAAUAGAGCUGCUCUCACUUGAUGCUUCCUGGGUUAGCUCAGCGUCAUGGUAUUUCCUAAACGUGUUCGGACUACGGAGCAUGUACUCACUAAUUCUAGGACAAGACAAUGGUGCAGAUCAGUCGAGGAUUAUGCAAGAACAGAUGAGUGGUGCUGCCAUGGCCAUGCCUGCUGACACAAACAAAGCCUUUAAGGCUGAGUGGGAGGCACUGGAGCUGACUGACCAUCAGUGGGCGCUGGAGAGUGUAGAGGAGGAGCUGAUGAGCAGAGAGCUGGACUUUGAUGGCAUGUUUAGCAAGGAGCUGCCAAGCGGUAUCUUCUGAUGCCCUGCUUACUUCUACCUGGAGCCUUCAAUUUGAAUUGUGUUCAUGGCAGGGAUUUGAUUCAGUCUAAGCAACAGAGAUGGGACAAAUCCCUUUAUGUUAUGCAAAGUUUACAUUCCCUUAUUUGUGGUCCUUGUUCUUUCAUACAAAAUUCCUUUCCAUUCCUAUCCAUGAAAUAUUUAAAAUGAUUUAAAGUACACUGGUUAUGUGCUGACUAUUGCAUACUAGUAAACAUUGCUUUUGUUAUUUAACUUUAAGGAAAGUGAAAUGUUUCGGAGAAAUGUGGCAGGUUUUUGAUUAUUCAAUUGCAUUAGAAGCUUGAAACUGUUACCAUCAACAUGCCAUUAGGUAAUAAAAUGUAAACUAUAGUGCUUCUUUUCUCAUGUCAUGCAAAGCUAGAAUAUCUGCCCUAAUUUUCAUGUUUAGAAACAAGGAAGUAAUGUAAUUUUAUAGGUCAGAGUUAUGGUAGUUACAUUUAAUUUUAACAGUAUUUACUGACUCCCCUGUUAGAUCAUAUUAGGUUGAUGAAGUGUUCUGUGACAGCUACAUUCUGUUGGAAGCAGACCCAGAACUAAUGAGUUGUUGGCAGAGAAAAUGAUUGUGUUUGAAAUAUUUUGUUUUUGAAGUUUUUAGGCGGUUUAUUUUCUAAUGUAACUCUCCUGUGUUUUGUACUACAUUAAACUUGUUUUGACAAAA